AUGAAUACCAAGAAGACUGAGUACCUCCCGGUAGGAACCCAAAAUGCCACGAAAAUCAUGCUGGAAAAUAAUCAGGAAGUAGAAGUGGUAUCGGAGUAUACAUACUUAGGUGUUAAGUUUGACUCAAGUGGAAGCGACAACAGAGAGAUCAGACACAAAAUAAAUCAAGCGAAAAAGAUCAUAGGAUGUUUGAACAGCAUAUUUUGGAAUACCUUCAUUGGAAAAAAGAGAAAAUACAGCAUAUACAACACCAUGAUAAAAAGUAACCUACUGUAUGGAGCGGAAACUUGGAGAAUAACUGAAGAAAACAAGAGAAGACUGGAAACCGUUGAAAUGGACGUACUCCGAAGAUCACUGGGAGUAUCACGCCUACAAAAGAUCAGAAACGAGGAGAUACGAAGACUAAUGGGAGUGGACGGAACGCUGUACGAAGAUAUAGAAGCGAAACAACUUAUCUGGUAUGGUCACCUACAAAGAAUGGACGAACAGGGGCUUCCAAAGAAGGUGUUCGAGUGGGUCCCAGCACAACGCCGAAAAAGAGGACGACCAAAGCAAACCUGGAAUGAGGGUGUCAUCAAAGCCAUGAGUUCCAGGGAUUUACGACAAGGACAAUGGAAUGACAGAAAGGGGUGGCGAAAAGGCAUCGGACAACGUCGAACGACGCUAUGA